AAGAGGAAGGGCCGGGGAGAAGGAGAAAAGGGGAUAAGAUAAGCAAACCGAGGGAAAGCGAGGGGGUGGUUCUUGCAGCCUAUAACGCGGGCGUGGUUUGAAGUGAGAUGUGGAGUUCUUUCACUGCGACGAUGACGACGAGUGCCUCCUCCUCUUGCGUUGGUCAGGCAUGGAGCAUGGCAUCUGUGCGGUCGGCGCUCCCAUCCGUUGUCUCUACUUCAUGUCCUUCCCUCCGAUUCCCGCAUAGAGCCUCCUUUCCAUCGUCUGCGCACCUCUGCUUUUCUCAGCAGAAACCCAAGUCUCUUCCAUCUUUUACGGGCCUCUCUCUGGACACUCAUCUUCUAUCUCUUGGUUCACGGCAAGAUUACCCCUCUGAGCAUACUCUCACUAUUAUUGACAAUGGCGGUCGAUUCUUCGCCAUGAGACACGGAAGGCGAGUGCCAAAACUCAAUAGGCCUCCUGACCAGCGUCGGGCAUUGUUGCGAGGCCUUACAACUCAGCUUCUUAAACAUGGUAGGAUUAAAACCACUAGAGCAAGAGCGAGUGCCAUGCGCAAGUAUGUCGAUAAGAUGAUCACUUUAGCGAAAGAUGGAUCUCUUCAUAAGAGGAGACAGGCUUUGGGUUUCAUUUACGAGAAGCAGAUCGUCCAUGCUUUGUUUGCGGAGGUCCCAGAUAGGUACGGGGAGAGGAAUGGUGGGUAUACGAGAAUCAUCAGAACGCUGCCAAGGCGAGGGGACAAUGCACCCAUGGCCUACAUUGAGCUUGUCUAGUAUGCAUGUCGGAAGACGCUAGCCGACAAUAGACCAAAAGUACGUGGCAAAUUCGCUGGCAACGAAGACAGUGGAGAGAUUCCCAAACUUUCAGGUUUAAACUGUGAGGAAGAAGAAGAUGAUCUUUGGGUCACCGCUGUUGCCGUCCGUCGCCGUCGCCGUCGCCGUCGCCGUUGUCUUCGGUGCUUUGAAUGAUUGCCUCUGCGUUUGGUGUCUCGGUGAAGGUGAGUAUAGGCAGGGCUGAAGAGGAAUUGAGUUAAAACAUGAGUUUUAAUGACAAGGGUAUAACGAUCAUUUUAACUUUUCACUUAAUAAUGACUGACGGUAGGGGGUCUGAGUCUAAUUUGGUGAAACAGAGGGGGUGUUCUUAUAAUUGUGGCAUUCUCUAGGGGGUGGCACUAUAAAUUACCCUUCUUUUUAUGCCCUUAUUAGGAUUAUUUCAUUACUAUUAUAUAUUGGAUUGAGUGGGUAGUCUCAACAAGAAGGUUGUGAUCUCAAGAGUUACAGAAAUAUCUCUUUCUCCUCUUCCUCC